CGGCCGGUCGCAGGGCUCCUCCCGCCGUGGCGCUGCCGGGCCGGGCCGAGCCGGGCCGGGGGCGGAGGAGGCGGGGAAGGGGGGAGCCGCUGCCGUCACCGAGGCUCCCGGCUCGCUCGCCUCGCCGCCGCGGCAGCCCCAGCCCCGCUCCCACCCCCUCGCCUGCCCCCACCCUCCUUCCCUUUCUCUCGCUCUCUCGGCGAGAGCAGUGUGCCUCCCUUCCCAGAUGGCAGCCGGCAGCGCCAUGCAGCCUCCCGUUCCUCCUCCUCUCCAUCCUCUCCGGCUCUAAGUCAAUGCCAUGCUGCCGCUGCUCCUCCCGGCACUGCUGGCCGCCUGCCUGCCGCCCAGCCAGGGCUGGAGCCCCUCGGCGGCUGCCAGCGGGCAGGAGGAGCAGGAGCAAGAGCUCUUCUUGCCCCCCGUCAACUCCUCCUCGCGCUCCUUGGCCAGCCUCGAGAUGGACCUCGACGGGGCAGCAAGCAAGGAGGAAGGCAGCACCACCAGCCCGGGCACGCCGGCUGCCCCUAGCCAAGAGCCCUUCCCUUCCACUCCCACCUCCUCCGGUCAGCAGCAGCAGCAACAGCAGCGUCCCCAGCCGCAGGGGCAGCCGCAGCCCGCCGAGGACCCGCACUGCAAUAUCAGCGUGCAGCGGCAGAUGCUGAGCUCGCUGCUGGUGCGCUGGAGCCGCCCGCUGGGCAUCCAGUGCGACCUCCUGCUCUUCUCCACCAACAGCCACGGGCGGGCCUUCUUCUCCGCCGCCUUCCACCGCGUGGGGCCGCCGCUGCUCAUCGAGCACCUGGGGCUGGCGGCCGGCGGCGCCCAGCAGGACUUGCGCCUCUGCGUGGGCUGCAGCUGGGUGCGGGGCAGGCGGGUCGGGCGCCUCAGGGGGGGCGCCGCACCUCAGGCCGCCGCCGCCGCCUCCUCCUCCUCCUCGCUCUCCUACCCGCCGGCGGCCGAGCCCGGCCAGUACUGGCUGCAAGGGGAGCCUCUGAAUUUCUGCUGCCUGGAUUUCAGCCUGGAGGAGCUGAAGGGGGAGCCGGGCUGGCGGAUGAACCGCAAACCCAUCGAGUCUACCCUGGUGGCUUGUUUCAUGACUCUGGUCAUCAUCGUGUGGAGCGUGGCCGCCCUCAUCUGGCCGGUGCCCAUCAUCGCCGGCUUCCUGCCCAACGGCAUGGAGCAGCGCCGCAACACCGCCGCCGGCACCGCCGCCGCCGCCGCCGCCAAGUAGCCUCUCCCGGUGAAUCGCUCCCCCGCCCUUCUCUUCGUCGUGUGGUGUGGAGGGACGCGGGGCGGCCGCCUCCCGCCGGGCCGGACUCUGCCGUGUUUUUUUCUUGUUUAAAGCGUGUCACAGGUGGCGCGGCGAGACGCCGAGGGGCCGCGGGGGCCGCGGGGCUGCCUGAGGGCCCGGCCCGCCCUGCCCUGAGGGGAGCAGCUCCGCCGCGCCACCAGCCCCGCCCCGCCCCGCCGCCGGAGACGACCAAAUCCUGUGUGCUCCUUUUAUAUCUUUAAUACCCGUUUUAAACGAAACUUUUAGUAAAAAAGAAGAAAAGAAAAAAAAAAAAAAAAAAACAAAGAAAAAGCCCCCCUCCCCAAAUCAACGCAGGAAAUAAAAGACCCUCCUAUUCAACCGCGUUUGUUGUAGUCGGAGUAGCUUUUUUGUAUAUGAAUUCAGUUGGAGAGGGCUUUUUCUUUAUUUACAGAAAGGGAAGUCUCUUUUUGGCAGGAUCGAGAACGGAAGCACUAUAUAUAUAAAUAUAUAUUGUUAUUGCUGAAGCUGAACUUGAACAAACCUUUUACACUGUAUUUCCCGGUUGAGAUAGUGUGUAUUUAUUAUUGUAGCUCUGCGUUACUUGGCUUUUAAUACAGAGGUUUUCUUUCUGGA